AUGGUAACAGCGACACCUGUUGGCGAAGAUAGCUGGCUGGCCUAUCUCGAUGAGAUAGUCCGCAAAGCCUCGGAUCUCGAAACUCGCGUCAACGCCGUCGAAGUCUACAAGCGCGCCGUGAGCGCAGAGCCUGCCAGCCUUCGUCUGUGGCUGGGAUACUGUAACUACUUUUGGUCCCUUUGGAGCGACUGCCAGUCGCCCGCCCCUCCGGAGGGUUGGUCCGAAGAAGAACUCCUCAUGGGCCGCGAGCUCUUCUCCUUUGCCGCCGCUCUUGAGCUGUGGCAGCAGGGCUACGAAGCCGUCCGCUACCGCAUCAACGAUAGCCACCAGCUCUGGGAUCGCUGGAUCUCCCUUGAGCUUGAGCUUCUUGCCCGCACACGCACCACCGGCGGCAUCAAGCGCAUCACCCACCUCUAUCGCAACCGACUCCGAACUCCUCACGUCGCCUGGGAUGAGACAUCCCAGGCCUUCUCUAGCUUCCUCUCAGAAUACAACCGCGACGCAUGGGAGGGCGCCAUGAAGGAUGUCACCGUCGAGGCCCAGCAAGCCAAGCGCAUCAUCUCGGCGAGAGACCCCUUCGAGCUCAAGAUCAACAAGGCUUCUAAGACGGGCGAUGUCGAGGCCGAAAAGUCUCUGAUGCUGGAGUACCUCGACUGGGAGACGCGCCAGAGUAGGCGUCGCGGUGGCAGCGACACUGGUGACCCCGAAACAGCCGUCGCCCUGUGCCGCGGUCUGUACGCCCGCGCCCUCACGGGUCUCUUCGCCACCGACCAGGACGUCUGGCUUGAUUACAUAGUCUACUUGUCGUCUAGCCAACCCGAGCUCACUGCCGCCUCCACAUCCGAACUAUUCGAUGCCCUCCGUCGCGCCGUCCAGCACUGCCCGUCAUCCGGUGAGCUGUGGAGCCGAUACAUAUUAUGCGCUGAGGAGGCCAAGCUGCCCUUUGACGAGAUAGAGCCCAUCAAACAUGCCGCCACCAGCGAGGACCAGCUUUAUAAAAACGGCAUGGAGGCAAUGCUGGACAUGUACGUUGCCUGGUGUGGCUACCUGAAGCGCGCCGCCAUAGGUGCUGGGGCUGGCGAUGAGGCUGCCGACGUGGCCGAUGUUGGCCUGCCUGCUGCUCUCGAGGACGUAGCCGUCGUUGGUAAACGCCUGUACGGUAACAAUUUCCAGGGCGAUCCAGAAUUCCGCCUUGAGCGUAUUUACAUCCAGUACCUCACUGAGAUGAAGGGCGCCGUCGACGACGCAAGGGCCCAGUGGAACAAGCUGGCUAGUGCUCAAAUUUACGCCGAUAACCACAGCUUUUGGCUCACCUAUUAUACCUGGGAGAUGCUUGUCUUUUCCUCAAGGUCAGGUAAACGCCGAAGCCCGACGCCCACGUCUGUCGCCGCCGAACCCCGCGUGCCCUCGUCGGCAACUAGUGUCCUGACCCGUGCUCUGUCCCGCACCAAUCUUGACUGGCCCGAGAAGGUGCUCGAGGUCUUUGUCCAGCACUGUAGGGACCACGAAACCCCCGCCUCCGUCCGGCAAGCCGCCGACAAGGCGUACAGAGUUACCAAGGCUAUUCGAACCCGCCGGGAGCUCGAACAGAAAGAGAAGGAGGAGGCCUAUGCUGCCUACUAUUCUCAGCAGCAGCCGGAGCAGGGGCAGCAAGGCAAGCAGCCGGAAGCAACCGAUAAUCCUGCCACGAGCGAGUACAAGCGAAAGAGGGGCGAACAUCAGGGUGGCGAUGAAGCUAUGCCAGAGAGCGCCAGUAAACGUCAGAGGAAUGACACAGCUGAGCCAAAGUCGGCCGCAGUAGAUCCUCAGCAGCAGGCGGAAGCCAAGAGGGACCGGGAGAAUACCACCGUUAUUGUGGAGAACCUUCCUGGCAAUGUCACGCAGACCAAGCUACGGCAGUAUUUCAAGGAUUACGGGCACAUCAACAACAUAACUGCUCUAGUACAUGACGAAAAGACACAAGCGUCGACAGCCUUGAUUGAGUUCAGGACACCCCAAGAAGCACAGUCAGCUCUCCUACGAGAUGGCAAAUACUUUGACCAGUCGCAGCUGAAGGUUGUCCUAGGCCACGACUUGACGGUCUAUGUGACAAAUUACCCCCCGGCGGCGGAUGCCAAGUACAUCCGCGACCUGUUCCAAGACUGCGGCGAGGUGCUCAGCAUUCGCUGGCCCAGCCUCAAGGUCAACACACACCGGCGCUUCUGCUACGUAUCGUUCCGCGACCGGGCCGCCGCGAGGGCCGCAACCGGUAAGGAUGGCGAGCUUCUCGAGGAUCGAUACCGGCUGGUGGCUAAGUUCUCGGACCCGGGACGCAAGAAGGGCCGCGAGGGCGCACUGGCCGAGGGUCGUGAGGUGCACAUUACGAAUCUGGACCGUACACUCCACGAGACUGAGCUCCGCGACGUGUUCGCCAAGUACGGCAACGUAACACGUGUCAACAUCCCGCAGACUCUGGGCGGCAAGAACCGCGGCUUCGCCUUUGUCGACUUUUCAACAAGUGACGAGGCGCAAGCGGCCGUCGCGGGACUCAACAACACCAAGCUGCGCAGCCAGAUCAUGGCGGUCGAGCUCUCCAAGGAGUCAAAGGUCAAGGCGUCGGCCAAGACCAUUGUCAACCGAGAGCUCUCGGGGUCACCUGCGCCCUCCUCCAACAUGGAUGUCGACGGCCAGGAUGCCAGUGGUAACAAGCCCACCUCGACGGACAUUUCCGCACGCACGAUAGCCCUCAUGGGCCUGCCCGACACGGUCAACGAUGCCCGUGUCCGCGCCCUCGUAGAGCCCCUAGGCACCAUCGUCCAGUUUGUCUUGCAGCCUAUCCAUGGUGCUGUCAAGAUUGAGUUCGCAGACGCUGCUACCGCCGGCAAAGCAUCCCUCCAACUAGAUGGCAUGGAUUUUGAAGGGUACAAGCUCCGUACGGGUUCAGUCGAUGAACUACGUCGCGCCAAGGCAGGAAACGGCCAGCAGAACCAACAAUACCAGCAGCAGAAGCCCCAAAGGCCUGCUGCUCUGGCACCUCCCCCGUCAUAUAUAAGACGUCCUGGUGCUCCCAGGGGCGGUGGUCCCAAACGUGGUCUGGGAUUCGCGAGUGCUAGAAAACCUGCUGCCGACAAGGGUACACAUGAUGAUGCGACUAACGGGAGGCCUGCACCGAAGAGCAACGCCGACUUCAAGGCCAUGUUCCUUGCUCCGCGUGCCGAGCAGAAGACCGAAGACGAUAAAUAG